CAGAAACCAACAGAGAAGAAGGGAGAGAGAGCAAAUGCCAGAAGACGCUGCGAUGGCCGACAGCUGGGGAGGAAGGGCAAAAACGCAAGCGGUGCAGACUGCAGAGGAAGGAAGCGGUGGAGAGGAAGCAACGAAACGGUGAGAAAAGAAAGGUGUAGAAGUAUCCGGACUUGGAUGAAGGGCAUAUCGUUUGAUGGUGUGAAAACAGUUCGACAUCUGCUUCCAAAAACCACCGAGAAAAGGAGAAACGACAGCGCACAACAUAGACACACGUGUUGAUAUGGGCAAUUUCGUAGUUGUUUGUUCGUACACUCUUAAACCUCCAAGUUCUCUUCUCAAUCUUCCCAAAUCCCUACAAUCUUCAAUCUUCAAUCUCAAUGUCGGCAAAGCGCUCGCGGAGUGGCGGCUCGUCGAGCUUCGACGACGCCGGAGUGUCCAACCACCACCUCCUGCCGCCGAAGCCGCCGUCCGAGGGCUCCGAUCCCCGGUGCCACGUCCGUGCGGGUUUUGGUAAUGGCGCGAAGGCUUUGAAGCCGUCGCCGGAGGCUGAGAAAUCUCCGCCGUCGGUUUUGAGGAUGUCGUCGCCGGAGACUGCGCGGAUGGGACGCGCGGCGCAGGUUGACGAGUUCCUUGAGCAGUGCUUCUUUUGUCACCGGAAGCUACCUCACAACGAGGACGUGUUCAUGUACGGACCCUUUCGUGCCUUUUGCUCACCCCAAUGCCGUGACCAGCAAUUCAACAUGGAGAACGUAAAAGACCAACCAAAGCAAGUACGUGUUCAAUCGACUAAAACCAUGUACAGCAUGACAAACAAUGUGAAUGGCUGAAGAAAUUAAACUAGCUAGGCGCUACCCAGGCCGCGCAUGACAGUCAUGUUUUUUGAGAUUGGCACGCGCUUCCGGUUAGCAAUGGUUUUACAUUUAGUUUUUCACAUUCUGCUUCCCUUUAGGUAGUGUAAAGCUUUACUGGUUUCUUUUAGGGAUCAUCACAGAUGAAAGCACUAGGUUUUUAUUUCGAAGGAUUAGAAUUUAGAAUCGUUGGAUAUAUUUCGAUGCUUUGUUUUAGUGGUUACCGUGGAGCUGAAACAUACUGGAGCUUUGCCCAAAUAGAUGAUCACUAAGUAUAUUGUGCUACUAACUUAUAGCCUGCCUUCACUUUACCUUUUUAGUUAAAGAUUUGAAGCCGUUAAUCUUCUUAGCUAUCUGAAACUUUAAACCUAAAAUAGGUUAUCGA